ACUAACAAGCAACAACCAUUCGACUCCCUCCUCCACCUGACCACCUCCACCUCCUCAAUUCUCACACAUAUAUCUAGUUAUCUACUUCCGUUUCUUCUCCUCUGAACUCACACAACCAUCCUUAAUCCUUUCCCUCUCUUUCUCCUCAAAACAAGCAAAAGGGCAGAGGAAUAGAUAAAACACCAAAAAAACACAACAUAUCUAUCUCUCUCCAAAUUUAUCCAAUAAAAAACAGUCAAGAACAAUGAACCAAACUCAUCAAGAAACCUCUUCUUCAUCCUUCUCAACAAUCCCAGCGUACUUCCGAGCCCUCACUCAGACCCCAAAACGUCUAGCUCGCCGAGCCAUUUCUGUCUCCACCCCUUUCGAAGAGCUUAGUCAGUUCAAAUCCCGGUCCGGACCCGACAUGCGACGAUCCCUUCGUUGGUACGACCUUGUUGGACUCGGCAUCGGCGGUAUGGUCGGUGCUGGCGUCUUCGUCACCGCUGGCAAAGCCUCUCACUCGUACGCUGGUCCAGCCGUUGUUCUCUCCUACGCCAUUGCCGGCUUCUGCGCUCUCCUCUCCGCUUUCUGCUACACCGAGUUCGCUGUCGAUAUCCCCCUCGCUGGUGGUGCCUUCACGUAUCUCCGCGUCACCUUCGGGGAGUUUGCUGCAUUUCUUACUGGAGCGAAUUUAGUGUUGGAUUAUGUUCUAUCAAAUGCAGCCGUUGCUAGAAGCUUCACUGCCUACUUGGGAACUGCAAUCGGCGUAUCCACCUCUAAGUGGAGGUUCACGCUCUCUUUCCUCCCUAAAGGUUUCAAUGAAAUUGACGUCAUUGCUGUCCUCGUCAUUCUCAUUAUUACUCUCAUCAUCUGUUACAGUACGAGGGAGAGUUCAGCAGUAAACAUGGUGCUCACAGCAUUACAUUUAUUGUUCAUUGCAUUCAUAGUUGUAAUGGGAUUCAUCAAAGGAGAUGUGAAGAACUUUACAAAUCCGGAGAAUCCGAAUCAUCCGGGUGGGUUUUUUCCGCACGGGUUGACCGGAGUUUUCAAUGGAGCAGCCUUGGUUUACUUGAGUUACAUUGGAUACGACGCCGUUUCAACCAUGGCAGAGGAGGUUCAUAACCCGGUCAAAGAUAUUCCUAUCGGAGUUUCGGGUUCCGUUAUUCUCGUCACAUUUCUGUACUGCUUGAUGUCUACUUCAAUGUCCAUGCUCCUUCCAUACGACGCCAUAGACCCAGAGGCAGCAUUUACAGGAGCAUUCAAGGCAGAAAAAGGGUGGGAAUGGGUGUCGAAUGUGAUAGGAGGUGGGGCCAGUUUUGGGAUAUUAACAUCUUUAAUGGUGGCGAUGUUGGGUCAGGCCCGUUACAUGUGUGUGAUCGGACGGUCAAACGUUGUUCCAGCUUGGUUCGCUAGGGUCCAUCCUAAGACAUCUACACCCGUCAACGCUUCCGCUUUUCUCGGAAUUUUGACGGCAGCCAUUGCGCUGUUCACUGAUCUUGAUAUUCUCCUCAACCUAGUAUCAAUUGGCACGCUCUUUGUCUUUUACAUGGUCGCCAAUGCUGUAGUUUAUCGGCGUUAUGUAGCCAUAGGAACGACGAGUCCAUGGCCUACAUUGUCGUUCCUCUGCUCAUUCUCUGUCACCUCGGUUCUUUUUACACUAAUCUGGCAUUUUGUACCAUCUGGUAAACUUCAAGGUGUAAUGCUUGGUGUAUGCGCCAUCAUCGCUAUCAUUUUCUUGCGAUUAUUCCAGUGCCUGGUUCCUCAGGCACGAAAACCAGAGUUUUGGGGUGUUCCUUUGAUGCCAUGGCUACCAUCGAUGUCUAUAUUCCUCAACAUUUUUUUGUUGGGUUCCCUCGAUGGAGCAUCGUACAUUCGAUUUGGGUUUUUCUCUGUUCUUUCUGUUGUUGUAUAUGUAUUGUAUAGUGUCCAUGCUAGCUUUGAUGCAGAAAGAAACGGGUCUUUGAGCCCAAAAAAUGGGAUGAUAGUUUUAAAGCAUCAAGAGAUAAGUGGGGUACGAGCUCCUAUAUAGCACUCACUAAAAUUUAGUCCUAGCUAGAAUAAAGAUUUUUUUUCUUGCUUCC